UGAAAGGAUGCUCGGGCGUCGGUGAGGGGAGAUUUGCCUGCUGGAGGAUGGGGUGCCCAGGGGUGGGCUGCCUGGCCGUGCUGGCCCUGCUGCGCGGGGCUCUCGGGGAUGCUCCCAGCAGAGGCAUCAAAUGCGGGGGGGUGCUCUCAGCCCCCUCUGGCAAUUUCUCCAGCCCCAACUUCCCUGGUCCGUACCCCUACGAGACAGAGUGUACCUGGCUGAUCGUGGUGGCCGAGGGCUCCUCCGUCCUGCUCUCCUUCAGCCACUUCGAGCUGGAGUACCACGCUGCCUGCGCCUAUGACUACCUCCAGGUCUACAACGGAGCCACCCAGGACCGGGGCAACCUCUUGGGCACCUUCUGUGGCCGCAGCCCCCCGCCACCCUUCUCCUCCGCCUGGCACGUCAUGGCCGUCAUCUUCCGCUCCGACCGCCACGUGGCCAAGCGCGGCUUCGCUGCUGCCUACCGCAAAGGUAGCGGGGAGGGGUGGUCAUGGUGGGGCAUCCGCCUGUCUGGCCUCCCCCACCGCCCUCAUCAUCUUUGUCUCCCUGCAGAUGCCUGUGGUGGGCAGCUGACGGGGCUGUCCGGGGAGAUCACCAGCCCCCGCUACCCCGAGAGCUACCCCAACGAUGCCGAGUGCCGCUGGAGCAUUGGGGGGGCCGGUGGUGGUGGCCCCCUCACCCUGGUGUUCGCUGACUUCCAGCUGGAGGGGGGCCAGGGCUGUGGCUUUGACUACGUGGCCCUUUUUGAUGGCCCCAGCACCGCUGCCCCCCGCCUGGGGCGGUACUGCGGCAGCGCCCGCCCGCCCCGCACUGUCUCCUCCUCCCAGCACCUCCUCGUCCUCUUCAAGUCGGACUUCAACAUAGGCGGCAGGGGCUUCAAGGCCCAUUUCUACUCAGGCGAGUGCCAGGAGGUGUUCACCACCAUCAGAGGGAAUUUCACCAGCCCUCGAUACCCCAGCUUCUACCCCAACAACCUCAAGUGCCAAUGGAGUAUCCAGCUGCCUCUGGGCUACCGGGUCAAGGUCUUCUUCUUGGACAUGGAGAUGGAGGGCCGGAGCAGCCUGACAGGGAGCUGUGACUAUGAUCACCUGGCCGCCUUCGACGGCGGCAACGAGAACGGGUCCCUGCUGGGGCGGUGGUGCGGGCGGGAGAGCCCAGCACCCAUCACCUCCCACCACAACCAGCUGCUGCUGGUCCUCCACACCGACCGCAACACGGCCAAGAGAGGCUUCUCCAUUGCCUACAUGGGAGUCGUGCCCAUGAACGUCAGCUGCACCCGGACAGACUUCCACAUCCAGAUCCCCGUGCAGAGCCUGGCCCAGCUGGAGAGGAAUAGGAUUUAUCUGGGGACACCCUCCUGCGUGGCCCAGGUGGUUGGUGGGAACUUUAAACUACACACCAGGUUCGACACCUGCGGCACCGAAUCCCAGAAGCGCAACAACACGUCCCUCAUCGUCAGCACCCUCUACAUUGAUUUUUCGGUGGGCGACCAGGAGGACAUCCACCAGUAUGAGGUGCAGUGUGAGCCGAAGAGGAAGGAAGCCUCAGUGACCCUCAUCGCUGGCCCCGACCCGUCCAGGCUCAGCCAGGCAGAAAACCUGGUGGAUGCCCAGCAGCGGGAGGGGGGAGCGACGGACCCCCACGAAAUCAGGAGCCAGGACACCAGUGACAUCGUCUUCAUCAGCAUCUGCAUCCUGGCCGGGCUCCUCAUGGUGGUUGCGGUGGUGGGGCUGGUGCUUCUGUAGGAUGCUGCUCCUCAUAUCUCCAGGGCUUGCAAUCCCAGCCCUGCCCAGGGUGGAAACGCAUCCCCAGAAGCCCUCACCCCAGGCUGAGCACUGACACAGCUGCUCAGGUGGAGACACAGCUCCCUGGCCCUGAAAGAGCCUGAACCCAGCCUCCACCUCCUCCCAGGGCCUGGAAAAUCUGGGCAAUAGGCAGCCAUUUCCCAUCCCAAUUUGUUUUCCUCUCUCUCAAUCUGUCCAUUUGGCUUGGGAAUGCAGUUCUUGUGCUUCCUAACUCUUCCUGCACCUGCUUCAGUUUGUUUUCCCUCUGGUGCUCCUGCUUUCAGGAAAGUGAUGUUGUUUGCUGAUGGCUGCAAAUCAUCCUGUCAGUUAUUUCUACUUGAGUUCUUGAAGGUACAAACCACCCCCAAAUAUAGCAAU